AUGGAGGAAAGGCUGACGGAACAAUCAGAUGUUAUACACCACGUCCGGGAUCACAUCGACUUCAUUGAAGACCCAGAAACCUUCAGCUAUCAUGAGUUCUUCCACAAGUACAUGAUCGGGAACGUGCCGUGCCUCUUCUCCUCCAACUUCACCAGAUCCUGGGGGAGCCGGAAAUUCUGGGUCAGCGCCGACAACCAGCCGAACUGGGAUCAUCUGCUGCAGAAUUUUGGGGAUGCCGCUGUUCCUGUUGCUAACUGCGAUGUGAAGGAGUACAACGCCAACCCCAAGUAGCAGAUCUCUCUCCAGGAAUACAGGGAAUACUGGAGGGAGCGCAGGGACAACGCCUACCAGUCUGCCAAGGGAUGUCUGUACCUGAAAGACUGGCACAUGCAGAGGGAGUAUCCAGAUUAUGAUGCAUAUGAAAUACCAGAAGUACUUCUCAUCAGACUGGCUGAAUGAAUACUGGGACGCCAUCGCCGUGGACGAUUAUCGCUUUGUCUAUAUGGGUCCGGCUGGUUCAUGGACUCCGUUCCACGCCGACGUCUUCCGUUCAUACAGCUGGUCGGCGAAUAUCUGCGGGAGGAAGAAGUGGCUGCUCUUUCCCCCGGGAUCAGAGGAAAACCUCAGGGAUUGCCAUGGAAAUCUCCCGAUAUGAUGUGACGUCUUCUACCCUUCGGGACCCUAAACUGUACCCCAAUUAUCAGAAGUGCUGCCCGCCGAUGGAGGUGACACAGGAAGCCGGAGAGAUCAUCUUUGUGCCCAGCGGGUGGCAUCAUCAGGUGUACAACGUGAUAGACACCAUUUCCAUCAAUCACAACUGGGUCAACGGCUGCAACGUGACGGUGAUGUGGCGGUUUCUGCAGAAAGAGUUGACAGCGGUGCAGCGGGAGAUCGCGGAGUGGAUGGACACAAUGGAUAACUGGGAUCAGCACUGUCAGGUCAUCAUGAAAUCUUGCACGGGGAUCGAUUAUACAGAAUUCUACACCUUCCUGAAGAUGAUAGCACAGCCCAGAUUGGAAGUCCUGGAAACAGACGGCGUAGAUAUCCCCACCGAGGACCGAAUGAUCCCAGGGCCGCGCCACGCCCUGUUUGACCUGGAGAAGAUCGCAGAUGUAUUGUCGACGAUGAUUGGUGAUGCAGAUUUUCAAAAGCUGGAUGUAGAGGCGUUAAGUCCGCCUCCAGAACAAUUCCUACACCGACUGAGAGCGGUGAUCAGUCAGAUGUCGUGUGCUGUCCCAAGUAUUUAG